AAUCUCUCCUCUCUCUCUCUCUCUCUCUAGCUCUCUGAAGCCAUAGAAGAAACUCUCUCUCUCUCUCUCUCUCUCUCUCUCUCUGGAGCAGUCCUUUACUCCAUUGAAACUCGAGAAAUGCACCAAUCUCUGCUUGGUGGAUUUUCCAUCUGAAGCUGUGAACUUCGACCGCUACUUCUGAGUGAUGGUGGGUUUAACUUUAAGCUCAAGUUUCGGUCACAGUUUCCACAUUUCAGUGAUCCACACCCCAAGCUUCUUCCGUCACAGGCAUUAGAGAAAAGCCCAUUUGGCCGUUUAAGCAUCUGGGCUGGGAAUUCAAACACACAAGAAGUUAAAAAGAAUUUUAUAUAUAAUUGAAAAGGAAAAAAAAAGAAAAAAAAAUAAGCCAUGGCGUGUGGGAAAAUAUAUGGUGGUAGUUCAGACAUGACCAUUCUGCUUAAAGACGAAAGACGGCCUUUGGCUUCAGAUGUUCUUGAGUCACUUUGGAUUUCCCGCUCUGCCCCUUCUUUUCAUGAUUCAAAAUCCAUUGUUAAUUUUGAGAAUGUUAGUGGAGGAGAUUCAACAGAGAGAUCAUUCUUUCAAAGGAUAGACCAAGAAGAAAACGGUGAUGACGAUUAUGAUGCUUGCUUUCAUCAACCUGGAAAGAAAAGGAGGCUCACAGUUGAUCAAGUUCAGUUUCUUGAAAGAAACUUUGAGUUAGAAAACAAGCUUGAACCUGAAAGAAAAGUCCAACUUGCAAAAGAACUUGGUUUGCAACCAAGACAAGUUGCAAUCUGGUUUCAAAACCGGCGGGCUCGGUUCAAGACCAAACAACUAGAGAAGGAUUAUGACUUGUUGAAAGCCAGCUGUGAUAAGCUCAAAACUGACUAUGACAACCUCCUAAAAGAGAAUGAAAAUUUGAAGAAUGAGGUUAAUUCCCUAAAGAACAAAUUGCUGACCAAAGAGAAAGGGAAAGAAAACUUGGAAACCCAAAAUGCAAUAAAUUCACCAAAUUCAGAACCUCAAGACCCAAUUCAGAAUACAGCUUCUGGUAAUGCAUCAAAUGUGCCAAUGGUGGUUUGCAAGCAAGAAGAUGCAAGUUCAGCCAAAAGUGAUGUGUUUGAUUCAGACAGCCCACAUUAUGCAGAAAACCAUUCUUCAUUGUUAGAGCCUGCUGGUUCAUCUCAUGUCUUUGAACCAGACCAGUCAGAUUUUUCUCAGGAUGAAGAUGAUAAUCUCAGCAAAAGCCUCCUGCCGCCAUUAUACUUCCCUAAGAUGGAAACUAGCUGUUAUGAUGACCCACCUGCAAAUUCUUGUAAUCUUGGAUUCUCACUGGAAGAGCAGCCCUUCUACUUCUGGCCUUAGUUGAGCUACCCCAUAUGUGGAAUAGGCUAUUUUUACCUUUUACCUUUGCUUAGUAAUGCAGUGCUUAAUGUCUCAGUUGUAAUUAUGGUUAAGUGCAAUAAAAUCCAAAUCUUCUUGCCUUUUAA